ACAAUGACUAUUAUAUAAAGGACACAUUUGACUUCGCUAACCAAAUUAAUGAUUUCCAACUUCCCAACAACCAUAAAAUAGCAUCAUUCGAUGUAGUUAACUUAUUUGGAAACCUAGAUAAAAAUAAUAUCAUCAAAAUCCUAGAAAAAAAGUGGGAACAAAUUCAGGAACAUGCAAACAUUGAUAAGGAACUCUUCCUGGAAAUUACACUGUUCAUACUCGAAAACAACUACUGUACGUUUCGUGGAAAAUUCUACCAGCAAAUAUUUGGCUGUGCGAUGGGGUCAGAAAUCAGUCCUAUUCUAGCAUUAUACGUUAUGGAUGAUCUACUUGAUAACAGCAUAAGUAAACUGAAGUUCAGAAUACCCUUUAUCAAAAAAUUCGUCGAUGACAUUGUCUUGGCCUUGCCUGAAGAUCAGAUUGAAGACACAAUGAGAUGCUUCAACUCCUACUGUAAAGACCUGCAGUUUACUAUUGAGAUGGAAGAUCAGGAGCAAGGAGUUCCUUUUCUCGACACAAAAGUACACCGACAAAACAUUAUCAUUAAAUUAAAUUGGUAUAGAAAAAAUACCUCAGCAAACAAGUUUAUAAAUUAUCACUCUGACCAUAAUAUGAAUAUAAAAAUCAAUUUUAUUAAGGGAAUGAAAGAGAGAAUCAUCAAAAUAUGCCAUGAAACCUUCAAACAAAAUGCAUUGAAAACAUUAUUCGAGAUCCUAAGGCAAAAUUCAUAUCCAGCUGUUUUGUUAAAUAAACUUAUAUAUGCGUCGGAGACAACACCCCAGCCUGAUGUACAACAGCAAGAACAAAAGGACACAGAAGAGAAGCUUUAUGCAUCCCUCCCUAAUAUUAAAGAACUGACUUCCAAGAUAAAAUCUAUUUUCAAAGACGAAAAGGUACUUCUGACAACAUACAAUAAAAAAACAGUGAAAUCACUAUAUAGCACUCUCAAGGAUCCAAUACCAACAGAAUUAAAGAGCAAUGUGGUCUAUCAGCUGGGCUGUCGGUAUUGUCGGGGUGUGUAUGUUGGCCAGACAUCCCAAUGGGUUAAAAGCAGAAUAUCCCUACACAGAUCAGACAUCAGAAGAAACAAGGAUCGAUGUGCACUGGCAAUACAUGCUAAUAACUUGGACCAUCAAAUUGAUCUUGAAAACGUAAAAAUACUUAAAAUAGAAAAAAAUUAUCACAAAAGAUUAAUACAUGAAAUGAUAGAAAUCAAAAAGGGUGAAUACACUAUAAACAAGAAAUCGGACAUACAAAAACUCAGCAAUAUUUACAGCUAUUUACUUGAAAAAGAAAAAGAAAAUGAAUUCUAUGACGGUCCAUUGGAUGAGUGACAGGAUAGUGACACGUCGACUCAACUUGUCAUCGUUAUAUUUUAACAUGAAAAACAAAUAAUUAAUCAUAGUACAUCACAGUGAAAUAUUGGAUAUUUGGAUGUUACUUUUGUAUGUGUGUAUCAAAGACAUUCCUGUACGCGACCUUGUAUGUUUCGUUGGACGAAAUUCUCAAUGUGUUUUAUUAAAAAAAUCUCGUUUUCGAAACCCUGAGGAUGCAAUAAAUUAAUUGCGAAAGCUCGGUAAAGAAAAAAGAGUUCACAUUUAUUACAUCAGAUACCUGAGUCACUACACCCUUAAC